UUGGGCAUGGGAAGUGCGUUGGAAACCUUGUGCGGACAAUCCUUCGGAGCAAAGAAGCAACGCAUGCUCGGCAUACAUCUACAAAGCGCCAUGCUUGUCCUUAUGACAGUCUGCAUCCCCGUCGCAGUUGUUUGGACCUACACAGGAAAAAUUCUCAAGGCAGUGGGCCAAGAUCCAGAAAUAUCACUAGAAGCUGGCUUAUAUAUUCGUUGGCUUAUACCUGCUCUCUUCGCAUAUGGACUGCUUCAAUGCUACAUCAGAUUCUUACAGACCCAAAACAUUGUGUUGCCCAUGAUGAUGGCCACUGCAUUCACAACAAUUGUUCACAUUUUUGUCUGUUGGCUCCUGGUGUUCAGAUCUGGCCUUGGAUACAAAGGUGCUGCUUUGGCUAAUUCCAUCUCUUACUGGACCAAUGUGUUCCUUUUGGUGCUCUAUGUUAAGAUAUCACCAUCUUGCAAAGAAUCUUGGACUGGUUUUUCAAGAGAAGCUUUUCACAAUACUAUUUCCUUCAUCAAAUUGGCAAUUCCUUCGGCCACCAUGGUUUGCUUGGAGUUCUGGUCAUUUGAGCUCCUUGUUCUUCUUUCUGGUCUUCUUCCAAAUCCAAAGUUAGAAACAUCAGUUCUGUCCAUCACACUUAACACAGCUGCAAUGAUAUUCAUGAUUCCCUUUGGUCUCGGAGCUGCUGUAAGCACACGUGUUUCAAAUGAACUUGGGGCAGGCAAUCCAAUGGGCGCGCGUUUAGCAGCGCAGACUGUUAUAAUUAUCGCCAUAUGCGUAGGAUUGGUUGUAGCAUUGGCCUUGAUUUUAGUUCGGAAUGUAUGGGGAUAUGCAUACAGCAAUGAGUUGGAAGUGGUGAAAUAUGUUGCAGUCAUGCUUCCAAUUCUUGCAACAUCAAACUUCCUUGAUGGAAUACAAUGUGUGCUUUCAGGCAUAGCAAGAGGUUGUGGCUGGCAAAAAAUAGGAGCCUUUGUUAAUCUCGGGGCUUAUUAUGUUGUUGGUGUUCCAUCUGCAGUUCUGAUGAGUUUUGUUUUGCAUAUUGGUGGAAAGGGUCUUUGGAUGGGAAUUGUGUGCGCCCUCAGUGUGCAGUCUCUAUCACUUUUAAUAGUUACUUUAUGUACUGAUUGGGAUAUAGAAGCAAGAAAAGCAAGGGAUAGAGUACAUUCUGAUUCAGUAGAUUUGGUAGCAUGAGAUCGACAUCAGAGGCAAUUGCAUAUUUACCAUUCAACAUUGUGAAAUACGUUGCUUGUUGAA